CUGAUAUCAAUUCUAACAAAACCCACCAUUUUUCAUUAGCAAAACCAGUUAAAACAAAAAAGCAUGGCAGAAGUCCAACUACCCACAUACGACAUCGUCAUCUUCGGAGCAUCUGGUUUCACAGGCAAAUACGUUGUUAGAGAAGCCCUUAAAUUUCUCAACACCCAAAAUUCCCCUCUCAAAACUCUAGCUUUAGCAGGCAGAAAUCCAUCCAAAUUGACCCAAACCCUGAAAUGGGCCAACCCAUCUUACCCAACUGAUAUCCCACUCAUUACUGCAGACACAUCUGACCCACUUUCCCUUUUCCGUAUGGCAUCUCAAGCUAAGCUUGUUCUCAACUGUGUGGGCCCAUUUCGUCUUUAUGGUGAACCUGUUGUAAAUGCCUGUGUUGAAGCAGGUUGUGAUUAUUUGGAUAUUUGUGGUGAACCGGAAUUUAUGGAAAGAAUGGAAGCUGGGUAUCAUGAGAAAAGUGUUGAGAAAGGGAGUUUGGUGGUUUCUGCUUGUGGGUUUGAUUCGGUUCCGGCUGAAUUUGGGUUUAUGUUUAAUUCUAGACAGUUUGUUUCCCCUGCUGUUCCGAAUCGGGUUGAGGCUUAUUUGAGUCUUGAAUCGGAUAAAACGAUUGUUGGUAACUUUGGGACAUUUGAGUCUGCGGUUUUGGGAGUGGCUAAUGCUGAUAAAUUGGCUGCGUUAAGACGGUCUAGACCCAAACGAUCUCGACCUUUGAUUCCGGGGCCUGGUCCUGUAAAAGGAUCCACUAUUGAAAACCAAAAAGAGCUCGGGCUUUGGGCGGUGAAACUACCAUCUGCAGAUGCUAUUGUGGUUAGGAGAACACUGGCAGCCCUUACUGACAACCCUGCUGGUCUUCAGGGUGUCAAUGAAGAUCCUAAACAGGCAGAGAAACGAGCAGCCUUUUGGGCGACAGUUAAACCUGCUCAUUUUGGUGUUAAGAUUGCCACCAAGAAGCUUGUGGGUGUCCUUGGCUUCAUUCUGGUCGGAAUAUCAAUUGGGCUGCUGGGGAGCUUCUCAUUUGGGAGGUGGCUUCUGUUGAAAUUCCCUUCGGUUUUCAGUUUUGGGGGGUUUAGGAAGACAGGUCCAACUGAGGAGGAAGUGGCAAGUGCCACUUUCAAGAUGUGGUUUGUUGGCGCUGGCUUUAGUGACGCCAGUCUUGCUUCUCGCGGAAAUGCACCUGAUACAGAGAUCAUUACGAGAGUGAUGGGACCUGAGAUCGGGUAUUUGACUACUCCCAUCAUUUUGAUUCAGUGUGCUUUGGUUGUUCUGAAGCACCGCCAAGAUCUUCCGAAAGGCGGCGUGUAUCCUCCCGGCAUCGUGUUUGGCCCAACUGAUCUUCAAGAUCGACUUCAGGAGAAUGGAAUUUCGUUUGAUUUGAUUUCAGAAAAAUGAUACUUUUACAAAAAUAGUAUGCUCUCUUUUGCCACUUCAUCUGUUUUCAAUCACUGUUUUCAAUUCAAUAACAUGAGACAAUGAUGUUACAUAUUAUCAGUUAUAAUAGUAGAUACAAGUAUCUUGUGUUGA